AUGGAUGCACCUGCUGUCUUAUCUGCCCCAGAAGGGUUGCUUGAGCAGUUAGGUCUUUCUAAGGCAGGAGAUAGAUUGAACCUCGUGGCCUAUUGCAAAACCACUCAUGAAAAGCCAAACGAAUCACAACAGAAGAAAAAGGCACUACUUGAAGCUUUCCUUUCAAGGAAAAAAAUGAAGAAGUCACACAAAACCAAAGAGCUUACAUCAGUCGAAAAGAAGAAAGAAAAAAUCAAAAAUAAGAAAGUACAACUUGGCUGGAAACAUUUCAGAGAAGAAGAUGAUGCUUAUGUCCUGGUCCCCUUAUCAAAGGGAGGAGGAAGUCGAACAGUUGAUGUCCCAGUUACGAUAAGCAGAUUUGAAUUGCAUCAAAUGUGCAAAAGCCUUUUCUUCCCUGAUGGACAAUCACUGUUUGGAAAAGCUGAUGACAUGCUUUUGGAUCUGGCCAAUUUUAAAGAUGAAAAGAUUAGCGAUACCAUCACUGUUGGAGCUGACUGUACAGUCCCAUUCAACGUAGCAAACUACAUGGAAGCUCACAAGAUUAAAACAGUAAGAUUGUACCUACGAUCCAAAUUAUUAACAACUGACAGCGAUGAUGAUCUAUACCAUUCACCCUUUGAUAUCAGAGAGGUCAUGCCACCUGUAGAGUUGAAUGAGGGGAGCUCAUUAAUUGGCUCAUCAGAAGACAGAAAAGCUCUAAAAGAGGAACAGGAUGAAGCAUAUCGAGUCUCUUUACUAACCGAUGAGAAGGGGUGUGCUGAUCUGGAAAGAAAGAUUCAUGAUGAAAAACGCAAAGAAAGACUUCAGAGAGCCAGAAUGGAGAGGGUACUUCCUGAACCGAGUAGUGAUUUUGUAACUGUGAAGAUUAGACACCCAUCUUUAGGUUUACAAUCAAGAAAAUUUCCAACCCACACAUUGAUGAAUUCAGUUUACGAUUGGGCAGGUUCUUUGGCUACUGAACCAGAACACUUCACACUAAAUGAUCCUUUAGGGAAAAUGCUACUUCCAAUUAGUGAACUUGACGACAGGUGUACAUUGACUAUGAUUGAGUCUCAAGAGGGAACCCCUUCUCUGCUGUCUUCUGAUGAUGAAGUUGAUUUCUUGGGGUUUGGUCCAGCAGUUGACACAAGUGAAUUUAGUGAAUGGUUUACAGAGUUUGAUGAACCAGACAUUCAAGGAAGUCGAGAUGCACAAUAUUCAGUGUUUGUAUCAUGAUUUCCUAUUUUCUUAUAUAGUUUCUUUUUAGCACCUUUGUAGGCUUUAAUAAUGCGUGUAGGGAAACUGUGAUGAUUGUAUCUUAGGACUUGUGGUUAAUAUGGACACCAUAGGUCAUGCUACCUUCAAGGAAGGUGGGUCUCUUUGAGUAUUAAGAUACCAUAGCGUUCCUUUUUAUGAAGGUGGUGUGAUAGAAGACACAGAGGUCUCAAAUUAUUUUGCAAAAUUGAGGAUGCCAUACACCUCAGGGUUAUUUUAACUUCUUUGUUGUCAUGCUCAGUAAUAUCAGGUAAAUUUUGCUUUUAAAACAGCUGUUUUCAAUGGCGUGUCUCUCUUUUUCUCUUAGUAGCCAUGCAUCUGCUAGGCAGGAAAAUCUUCAACAAACCCAAGCACCAUCUAUCAGGUAUUUAUGAUCGACAUAAUACUUAUUAUUAUAGGUAGCAUCCCAAAGCCAUUUGUUUUAUGUCACUAUAUUUGUAUUUUGUAACAAAUUGUGCAAGUGCUUCUGAAUGAGUCCUGCAUUACAUGCAGGAUAGAUAUAGAGAAAAGAGAGAAAUAUUAUUAGAAAUAUUUUGCUCGUUCCACCUUCAGUUAACUAUUAUUUGACCUUUUUUUUGUUGUUGGGUACUCAUCACUACAGUUUCUCACGUUUUCUUUGAAGCAGUGCAUCUGCUAUAAGUGACAGCUCUGCCCAACCACAACCACCCUCUAUGUCUAUCAAGUAUUUGGAAACUUAUGUUAAUCUCAUAUCCAUUGAAUAUCAUUUACAACUACGGUUUAUAUUCUAAGUCUAGAUUUGUAGCACAUAUGUUAUCCUGUAAUACAGCUAUCAUAACGUUCUGCAUGAAUUUUUUCUUUCAGUCCUUUUUGAUUAUUGAUCACAAAUUUUCCAUGAGGUAUUCGGAACAAUAUAAGUGAAACACACACACACACCCCAAGGUGUCCGCGUCAUUAUCAGUCUUUUAUGAAAAUGUCCUCAGAUCCUAUCCAGAGAGGAAUAGCAAUAUUGUUGUUGUCGUUGUUUUUUUUGAUUUACAAAAUCUCAGGUAUGCCCUGUCGGUGUAGACGCCCUUGGCUCGUGUGUAGAGCAUUUUCACUUUUUUUCUUAGUUUGCGAGCCGGCGGAUUUCUCCAAAUGCUGUGACCUGAUUUUGCUUCCGGGAGCAAGCGUUUUUUCCAAUCUUCCUUGACACCACUGGGUGGAAUCGUUCUGGCAGCCUCAUUCAAAAGUUUGUUCAUUGUUUGGGAAAGAGGAAAAGCCGUGAUUUUAAAGCUUUUUUUCUUUAAAGUUGGGCGCUUAUUGGGACCAGCUAGGAAAAAGUUUAUUUUCCUAGCUAGACUAGUCUGCUCACAUUUCAGUACAUCAACACACAGAAUAUGGAGGGUCACGUAAAAUUUUCGUACAACAAAUGUAAAAACAAAAAUGUUAUGCACCUUCGCUUUGGGCUGUACUCAAGGACCUCUUGGCGCGUGAAUAACAUAUAAACUAUUUUUGCAUUGUACAGGUUCAUCAGAAUUCGAAGGGUCCAGAUAACGUCUGAUAUGAUUGAAGUGUUCAAGGAUCGAUCGGUUAUGGAAGCUCGACUUAAAGUAACAAUGAUCAAUGCACAUGGCCAAGAAGAAGCUGGUUCCGAUGAAAAUGGAGUGUACAGAGAUGCACUAUCAGCAUUGUAG